AUCAUGGCAAUGUCGAAAAUGAUCUUUGAUGAAAGGCUGUUUUUUAGGACAUCUGAAGGUUGUCAUCAAAACGCGGCCAGCAAUCCGAGCAAGCGACAUCGAGAACGGCUGAAUGUAGAGUUGGACGCUUUGGCUUCGAUGUUACCGUUCGAGGAUGCCAUCAUUGCCCGUUUGGACAAGAUAUCAAUUUUACGCCUAGCAGUUUGCUUUCUUCAGGCAAAGAACGUUUUCCAGUGUAAGUAUUUAGCAGUUCCAGCGACGUUUGCCAGCACAAUAGUAAGUACAUGGUCAUGCUGUUUGAUACCUCCUCAUGGGCUUGACCUCAACUUUGAGAACGGCAGCACAAUUCUGAAAGCACUCUCAGGCUUUGUGAUGAUAUUGAGCGAAUCGGGCGACGUGCUUUAUGCAUCAGAGAACAUCAUCUCGUACCUAGGGUACCACCAGUGUGACGUUCUGAGGCAGAGCAUCUUCGAGAUCAUCCACUCAGAAGAUACCGGCGAAUUGAGGCGCGUCCUGCAGUGGAACUCAUACGACUGCUUCCGCGUGCAACAAAAGCAUACGACAGUCAGAUUUCGGUGCUUCAUGGAUAAUGCGUGUGGUUUUGUGAGAUUUGAAAUAUACGGCAGAUUAGUAGCACUGGAUGGGGGAAAAGAACUACGUGAAUAUGGGCGUCUGGGAUUUCUUGCAGCUUGUAUUCCAUACGUGCUGCCUUGUCAUGUGGAAUUGGCGUGCAAAGAAAAUUUUCUGACUUCAAAGCACUCGCUGAAGUUUGCACUUUGCUCCAGUGACGAAAUACUAUUGGCGAUGCUUGAAGUGGAAGAAAGCUUCCUACCGGUGUCGUUCUACAUGUUCAUUCAUGAGCAGGAUGUGGCUCUGGUCGCAGAAUCUCAUAAACAAGUGUUAACAACUGGGGGUUCGGGUAUUUUGGUAUAUCGAUUAAGGAGUCACAGCUGUGGCAGAAUUUAUUGGUUCCAAACCAGAUGCAGAUUGGUAGUAAAGAUAGGAAAAUCCGAAUCAAUAAUAUGCACGCACCGACUACUGACACGGACAGAAGAUUUACAGAUAUUCCACAAAAACUCCGUGACUAUGGAUCAUGUACCGUAUUACUGCAAGAAAGGAUAG